GCCCUUCCCUACAGGGCACUCACCAUGGCCCCACCGCUCCUGCUGCUGCUGCUGGCCAGCGGAGCGGCCGCCUGCCCACUGCCCUGCGUCUGCCAGAACCUGUCCGAGUCGCUCAGCACCCUUUGUGCCCACCGAGGCCUGCUGUUCGUGCCGCCCAAUGUGGACCGGCGGACGGUGGAGCUGCGGCUGGCCGAUAACUUCAUCCAGGCUCUGGGGCCACCAGACUUCCGGAACAUGACGGGGCUGGUGGACCUGACGCUGUCCCGCAACGCCAUCACCCGCAUCGGGGCCCGCGCCUUUGGGGACCUGGAGAGCCUGCGCUCCCUGCACCUGGAUGGCAACCGGCUGGUGGAGCUGGGCACCGGCAGCCUUCGGGGCCCCGUCAACCUGCAGCACCUCAUCCUGAGCGGCAACCAGCUGGGCCGCAUCGCACCGGGGGCUUUCGAUGACUUCCUGGACAGCCUGGAGGACCUGGACCUGUCCUACAACAACCUGCGGCAGGUGCCCUGGGCCGGCAUCGGCGCCAUGCCUGCCCUGCACACCCUCAACCUGGACCACAACGUCAUAGACGUGCUGCCUCCGGGCGCCUUUGCCCAGCUGAGCCAGCUCUCCCGCCUUGACCUCACCUCCAACCGCCUGGCCACGUUGGCACCCGACCCCCUCUUCUCCCGGGGGCGCGACUCUGAGGCCUCGCCGGCCCCCCUGGUGCUGAGCUUCAGCGGGAACCCCCUGCACUGCAACUGUGAGCUGCUGUGGCUGCGGCGGCUGGCCCGGCCGGACGACCUGGAGACGUGCGCCUCCCCGCCCGGCCUGGCCGGCCGCUACUUCUGGGCAGUGCCCGAGGGCGAGUUCUCCUGCGAGCCGCCCCUCAUCGCCCGCCACACGCAGCGCCUCUGGGUGCUGGAGGGCCAGCGGGCCACGCUGCGGUGCCGGGCCCUCGGAGACCCUGCGCCCACCAUGCACUGGGUUGGCCCUGACGACCGGCUGGUCGGCAACUCCUCCCGAGCCCGGGCUUUCCCCAACGGGACCCUGGAGAUUGGGGUGACGGGCUCUGGGGACGCCGGGGACUACACCUGCAUUGCGACCAACCCUGCCGGUGAAGCCACGGCCCACGUGGAGCUCCGGGUGCUGGCCUUGCCUCACGGUGGGAACGGCAGUGCCGAGGGGGGCCGCCCCGGGCCCUCGGACAUUGCUGCCUCAGCCCGCACUGCUGCGGAGGGCGAGGGGGCACUAGAGACCGAGCCGACUGUGCAGGUGACAGAGGUGACCGCCACCUCAGGGCUGGUGAGCUGGGGGCCUGGGCGGCCAGCAGACCCCGUGUGGAUGUUCCAAAUCCAGUACAACAGCAGCGAGGACGAGACCCUCAUCUACCGGAUCGUCCCAGCCUCCAGCCACCACUUCCUGCUGAAGCACCUGAUCCCUGGUGCCGACUAUGACCUCUGCCUGCUGGCCCUGUCACCUGCCGCUGGGCCUUCUGACCUCACGUCCACCAAGCUGCUGGGCUGCGCCCACUUCUCAACGCUGCCGGCCAUGCCCCUGUGCCACGCCCCACAGGCCCACAUGCUGGGCGGGACCCUGACUGUGGCCGUGGGCGGUGUCCUCGUGGCUGCCUUACUGGUCUUCACUGUGGCCUUGCUGGUUCGGGGCCGGGGGGCUGGGAAUGGCCGCCUCCCCCUGAAGCUCAGCCACGUCCAAUCCCAGACCAACGGAGGCCCCAGCCCCACACCCAAGACCCACCCGCCGCGGAGCCCCCCGCCUCGCCCCCAGCGCAGCUGCUCCCUGGACCUGGGAGACACGGGCGGGUGCUACGGUUAUGCCAGGCGCCUAGGUGGGGCCUGGGCCCGGCGGAGCCACUCUGUGCACGGAGGACUGCUGGGGGCAGGGUGCCAGGGCAUGGGGGGCAGUGCAGAACGGCUGGAAGAGAGCGUGGUGUGAUGGGAAGGGCGUCAGCCGGGAUGGAGGGUGGGGGCAGGCAGCCACCUGGCCUGGGUGGGUCAGCACUGCCUGGGAAUUCCUCCCACCUUCACCCUCGGUACCUCAGGCCCCUGGUGCUUGGCAGGACGGGGGCCCUUUCCCCGGUCCUGGCCUCUGACAGGCGUAGGGGACAGGCCUCUGACAGGUGCUCACAGCCACUGAGGCGGGGCCGCAGCCACCAGGUGGGAGUCUUGUUUUUCUUUAUAAUAAAAUGGUUGGGGACACCUCA